CGAACCCAACGUCAUCAGCGUUGAGUGUUCUGCUUUUAACGUUUUUCUGCUCCUGGAAAAUACUGUCUACCGUUUUAGUUACUGUUAUUGAUGAUGUCUGUCAAUGGAGAAGGUGAUGCUCCGGCCGUAGAGGCUCCUCCGGUGGAGGCCCCGGCGGCCGAGGAGACCAAGAAAGCUGAGAAGGUUGUCAAGGAGAGGAAGCCAAGAGCCACUAAGGAGAGAAAGCCCAAGCAGCUCAAAACUGCUUCCCAUCCUCCAUAUUUUCAGAUGAUCAAGGAGGCGCUGUUGUCUCUGAACGAGAAGAGCGGGUCGAGUCCGUAUGCCAUAGCCAAAUUCAUAGAAGAGAAGCAUAAAGCGGUGCUUCCAGCUAAUUUCAAGAAGAUUUUGGGUCUACAGCUGAAGAACUCUGCAGCGAGAGGAAAGCUUAUCAAAAUCAAGGCGUCCUACAAGCUAUCUGAAGCGGGAAAGAAUGACAAAGUCUCUAAAGUCUCAAAGCCCACAGCGGAGAAGAAGCCCAAACAGACAAAGACCAGAUCUACUGCCACAACCAAGGCAACAACUAGGUCAGCGAAGAAGCCCGAGAAGACGAAGAAGGUAUCGAAGCCUGCAAAGAAGUCGAAGAAAUCGACACCUGCGAAGCCCAAACCGCCAAAGUCUAUUAAAUCCCCAGCUGCUAAGAAGGCGAAGAAGAGCGCCGCUUAAUGUAAAUAGGAAAAAUGGAGAGAAUAAAGAUAACGCUGCAAGCGAAAUGUAUGUUUGCGUGUGUGUGUGUGUGUGUGUGUGUUUAGGUAUGUUUCUGUGAAUAUGACGUGGGUUUUGCCAGUUAGGAUCGGGUUAGCGGAUGUAUGAACAUAUUUUGGUCUCUGUAAUCUACGAGUUUUUAGUUCCUUUCUAAUGGAAAUUUAGAGAUAGCCGGAAAAAAAGCUUUUGUAGUUGAAAUGCACUAAGUUUAUCGUUCUCUUUCUCUGUUCUCUGUAUAAUUUUCUUAUUAAGGAACUUUGCUCUGGUA